GUUUGAGAUUGUGAAUCCCCUUUUGUCCACGAGGGGAGGCAUAUCAACCUUUUCCGUUUGUUCCGCCUGUUUACAAUUGAACUAUUUCCUCCUCGGCUGUAUCUCAGGGAGCUGGUACACAAUAAAAAUGUAGACAUUUGCAAUGUUGCCCGAAAAUCGCGUCUGUUGUACACAUCCUGCACAAAAAACUCGAAUGCGCUAAAUGAGAGGUGGUCGUGGAUACGAGAGGCAUCGUACCGCCCUGCCAUGUAAGCAUCGCCCUGGGAGUUGACAGGACCAUCCCAUAAUCCUCUCCUCCAAUGGACUUCACAGGCUGCAGUAAACGAUGGAAGACUCGAAUCCCGGAGUUCAUUCGCAGUGGAACAGGGCAAACCUCCAUCCAGAAUUUGGAAAACAGGGACAGAGAAAGGACCCAGGACAAGGAAAGGGGAGGGGCCAGGAAGAGUGUUACUAUGGCACCAACGUCCAGAUAUAUGACUGACAGAAGGCAGUAUGUUAUGAGAAGACCCUUGUCUGCCACAGAACACCAGACCUCCAUUCUGAAGAAGUCACAAGAGCACUCCGAUAAGGAAAAACAGUGGCAAUGUAGCAUCACUGAAGAACACAAUGACAAUCUUCACCUUCAUACAGAUAAAGAUUUUCACGCUAAACGAGCUGAAGAGGAGAUCCCAGGCCUUUCCUUAGACCGUUUUCACAUGGAUAUGUCACCUAUCUCGCCCUCUGGAGAAGAUCUGUCUACCCCACUGGAUGUUGCUGACCAAAGGCGCUGGUAUUCCCAAGAGGAGCCUGUCUUUGGCUCUCCUUGCCAGGGAAGCAGGCUCAGUCCACGCAGUCUUUCUAGCCCUCCUUUGGAAGUCUGCCAAUUUAGCUCACCCCUCAGCCCCAAAUGGAACUCCACUCUUCUGUCUCCUCCAUCAUGCAGCCCAUCCUUUGGCCCCUCUAGGUCCAGACAGACAGAGUUUAGGUUAGGAGGAGGAAGAGAGACACGCCUCAAAGCAGCGUCCUCCUUCGGUUACUCCAAAAGUUGCAUCCCCUCUGCCCUCCACAACAUGCCCCCUCAUCAGGCUAGCUACUGGGCGUGCGCCAUCCCCAGGUCCAUGCCCCCAUCCCCAGACAGAGGCUCCCCAGCCUGGAACCCAGACAAGGAGUACCAGGCCCUCCUUGACUACACCUACCCCCUUCGGCCAGGAAGGGUGGUCAGUAGCUGGGAGACCUCUGAGCUAGAGGGCGUCUCUCUACUCCAGAGAAACCCAGGCCUCCAAGACUCAGGAAUAGAACUGGAUGGACUCUGUAGCUCCACCAGCCUAUCAGCUAUAGACUUUCCUUUAAGUGGCACCUUGGGAGUAGGUACUGUGUGGGCCAGGGAGAAAGGAAUGCUGGGCACAGAUCAGAGGUUGUCCGAGCCCCGUGGACUCUCGCACUCCAAAUUCUCAAAUGGCAUUCUGAGCAGUAGCCCCUACUCCUCUGCAGACGGUUUAUCUUUGGAGAGCCUCCACUGCAGUAAAGAAAGGACUGGACUGAACCAAGCAGCUUGUAGCGGGGGUGGCCAAUAUAGGCAAACAGGUGUAUUUUCCACUUCCAGCGGAUUCAUCCGAUCAACCAGUGUCCUACCCCGUCUGAGUGGUCUCAAAGGUGAGGCAUGGGAUGAGGAGUUUUGGCCUCUGCCAGAGCGUCUGGAGGAGCUCCAGGUUCUUUCACGGCAGGUCAGGGAGGUGACUGCACAGCUCAGCCAGCCUGUCACAGCCAGCUGGGAGUCCCUGGAGAGGGGGACGACGUCGCUCCACUCCUCCACAACGUUGCCUGACAAACAGGAGGAUGAGGAACAGGAAAGAAAAGAAGCCAGGGAUAACAAAGACAUGGAUGGCUCUGAAGAACUUCAAAGGAAAGAGGUCCAUAGGGAUUCUCUGCAAGCUAUCCAAGCCACUGCCUCCAGCUUAGACCAUCCUGGCAAGGGAGUGAGGGCCAACCUGCGGGAGGUGGAGGCUGUGGUGGAGCAGCUCGUAGGACUGACCCUGCCUGAGCUCCAGUGGAGUCAGGGAGAGAACCAGCAAGCCAAUUCCCUCGUGAAGCACAUCAAAACUUUCUGCACAAACCUGGAGGAUCUCAUCCAAUGGUUGUAUACGGUGGUGGAGAAAAUGGAGGUUCUGGCUCCGCCCAGAGUAGACAUUGACAGUGUCAAGUCAUCACUAGCUGAAUAUAAGAGUUUUCAGAGAGAUGUGAGUGCUCACCAGUCUCUGACCACAUCUGUGCUACAGACUGGAGAGCUUCUCCUCAACUGUAUGACCUUCACUUCUCCAGUUUUGAAAGACACACUCACUCUUAUUGAGAGGCAGUCGAAGGCACUGGAGUCGCACACCGAGCAUCUCUUCUCCUCUAUCCUCUCAGCUAUGGAUAGCCUGACCCAGCCCAGCCAGCCUGUCCAGUCCAGCCAGCCUGGGGCUCCACAGCCUAGAGGCAAUGACGCUUAAUGGAAAGUCGAUUUGUGGAUCAAGUUUUACAAAGAGAAUUUCUUCAACUCUUGAACUCUAGAACUCAGUUCUAAAAUGUUUAAGCCGUUGGAUUGUUGUCAUUGACAGAUAAAAUGACCACUUGAUUGUUUUUUCCGUAUGUGCUUUAUAAACCUAGCAGAAGUUAAGUAUUAUAUGGUUGCCUUAUGAGGUAUGGUCAAGCAUACUUAGUAUUUCAAUUGACCUACACAAAUAAGGGCCAGAUUCAUUAAUGUAAUAAGAGCAUUACACAUUGUGGUACAGUUUUUUACACAUAUUUAAACUUUCUAACUCUUUUUGUAUUACACUCAAUGUCCUUUCUAUAUUUAAGCCGUCGAGUCAUUGUACCCGGGGACUUGACCUGUUGACCAUGUUCAAGAUUUCUAAUGUCUGGUUAUUGUACACUUGAAUGCCUUCUGGAAUUACAGUCCAGAUUUCACUUUUGCAGUGAAUGUACUUAUUAAGUUUUACAUUUACUUUAUUCAUCUAAAGUCACAUCCAGUGAUUAGACAUAAAAACUGUUCAUAAAUUACUUAAAGUCAACACAAGCAAUACAAACACAACAUUUCUCAUGUGUAUGUUUCUCUGUCACUAGUCUUUUCACCAGAAUGUUACCUAAGAUGCACUAAUUUGAAGGCAGCCCUAUUGGGAUGGGCAGCUUCCCACCAGAGACACAGUUCUGGACAGUUCUAAGAAUAGUAUGUGCUGAAUGUGUUACACUUUUUAAAUUAAAUAAAAAUGUUUUGUUUGUCACACAUAAACAUUGGUGAAGUUAAAAAAGCAAAACAGUUUGUCGCACUUGUACUCGUUUUAACAUUUACACAAUACAUUUGAAAACUGUUUUAAUUGUAAGACCAUACUUAUGAGCACAUUACAUUACACAAAUGUAGUAUCAGUGUGUAUCUUAAGUGAAGGGCCUGAAGUUAUUAUUAAAUCCAUUACUAAUGACCAAAAACUGAUUGUGUUGGUUGGCAGUCAAUUUGUUUGUUAUGUUUACCAGGAGCAGACUAAUUUUGUAUUAUCUGUACUCUACCAAGCUAAAGUUACCUCUGACCUGGUUUGGUCUGAAUCAAAGACACUCUGGUCUGAAUCGGUUUGUAUAUAAGAAAUGGAAAUAAAUACAUUAAGAAUUAUGAAAUGUAAGUCCCCUGAAUUAAAUAAGUCAUUUGAAAAACAUAAUUUAGAAACAAAAACCUAUUUACUUAUUUAACUAUACUGACUCAUUGAUAUAUUCAUUUGUACAUGCAUUUAUAUAUUUCAGGAUUCUCAUUUCUUUUAGGAUUUAUUUCAUAGCCAUAUUUAUUUCAUAGGCCUACUUAUUUAACAUUGACUGAAAUGACAUUAACACUGUCAGGCAAGAGACUGCACCCACAGGGUUUGAUGUUGCACUUAUGUUUUUACUGCUCUGUACUUGCACUGUAAUACAUGCUGUACAUGUAACUGUGAUUGAAACCUUCUUGUAAGACUAGUUGAGGAAUUUAAAUCAUGUAAUUGCAGUGUUAUUUUUUCUUUCACCAUACAUUUAUCAGCUAGCUACUGUAAUCAAUAGGGUGUUUUGGUACUGCAUUUAAGUGAGAUGUUAUUGUUGCCCUGUAUUAUUCUGUUUUGUUCAGCGUGCCAGGUAGCUAUGUGGCCAGUAAAUACUGACCAGUCCUUGAAACUGACCAUUUCAGAUUUCAAGUUACCAGGUAGACCUACUAUGAAUAAGAAUAACACUGACAGAACCUAAGCUUUAGCAUAUCGAGUUGUGAGACAAUGGACUACAGUUAAAUUAAAAUAUGUAGUCAUAUCCAUACCACAAGCAUACCCUAGGACAGACAUUACUAGAGAAAAGGUUCUUGAGUUUUUUGUAAACUGAAUCCAGUUGCCUUUAUUAUGAAAAAAGAACAUAGUGUUUUAUAUGCAAUUCUGCACUGAGAUAUUCCACAGGUAAUGGCCAACUUGUAGACAGACCAAAGUUACUGGUACAAUAGAUUCGCCAUAUAAAUGCAGAAUAAAUUAUUAAAACAAGUUUUCUACAUGUUCCACCAAGAAACGCAGACAGAUUGUUCCAUAUCAUACAAUCUGGUAGUACAAUAUUUCUUUAUUUUUCCGUUUAAAUGUUACAUGUUGAGCAACAAAAUUACAAUUUUCUGCAGCCACAAAUUUUAUGUAGAAAUAAAGUAAAGACUACCCGAUAAUGUACUGAGCACUAAAGAUCUAGCAAAUCAGAUCAUAUAUACACACACAUAAUGUAUAUGUACAUAUAUAUUCUUCCACUAGAUUCUUUUAAAUGUAGGACAAUGAGACACUGUUGUGCAGUUGGCUGACAAGUUGGCGAGAAAUUAACACCUUCGAAAGGGACAGAGGUCUACACAUGCCGAUACAAACAGCAGAAUAAUCAA